GAUUCAGUGGGCUGAAGACACAGAGGACAGAGGACAAUGUGGAAAGCAGCAGUGCUUUUGUCCCUGCUGCUAUACAUGGACAUGCAGGUGAAUGGUGCCGCAGAUGAGACGACAGCGUCAGUGGCAGAAAACUCCAGACCAGAGAAGAAAGUGAGGACAGAGGAGGCCAAAGCCACUAACACCAUUCCUGCAAGCGACACCGUCUCUUCAGGUUUUCUGGGCAACUUGCUGGUGGUGCCAAUGGAUGGGAGUCGCUGGGUGGAUUCAAAGGCCCUUGCCCAAGAAAUGGGGCGCCGUGGCCACCGGGUCACCGUGGUGAUACCUGAGAUCAGCAUGAGGAUGGGUCCAGGGAAACACUAUGACACUGUGACCUACCCUGUUCCUUAUGACAAGUCCCAUUUAGUUUCUGCCAUGGAUUCAAACAAGGACUUCAUGCAAAAAACUACACAGUCUUUCACGGAGAAGAUAAAAAUGCGAUACUCACAAUUCCAGAAAAUUUCAAGCAUAAUCCACUCCACUGCCGAAAGCCUACUUUUCAAUGCCAGCCUCAUCUCACACCUGGCACAGCAGGAAUUUGAUGCCGUCUUAACAGACCCUGUCGUGCCCACUGGCUCAUUAAUAGCUCGGAAAUUAGGUAUCCCCACCAUUAACCUGCUGAGGGGGAUUCCAUGUUCGCUGGAUACGAAGUCUGCAGGCUGCCCCUCCCCGCCCUCGUAUGUCCCUCGCUUCUUCACCGGAUACAUCGAUAAGAUGAACUUCAAGGAGAGGACUUUCAACACUUUGGUGGCUUUAAUGGAGCCGCUGCUAUGCCAACUGCUGUACUGGCACUUUGACCACAUAGCCUAUCAGUUCCUGGGAGAGGAGGUGGGCAUAGCUGAGGUGCUGUCAGACUCUGCUAUCUGGCUGCUGAGGUUUGACUUCAUACUGGAUGUCCCACGCCCUCUCAUGCCUAACAUGGUACCAGUUGGUGGAAUCAACUGCAACGUGAGAAAUCCUCUGCCGGAAGAUUUGGAGCCCUGGGUGUCAGGAGAGCAUGGGUUUAUAGUGUUCACUCUGGGCAGCAUGAUCUCAGAUAUGCCAGAAGAGAUAACCUUGGUCUUCAUAGAAGCCUUCAGACAGAUUCCACAGAAGGUAAUAUGGAGGUACACUGGACAGGUUCCCGACAAUGUCCCUGAAAAUGUGAAGAUGAUGGAAUGGGUGCCUCAGAAUGACCUACUGGCACAUCCUGGAGCUCGGGCUUUCAUCACACAUGCUGGCUCACAUGGUCUCUUUGAGGGACUGUGUCACGCCGUUCCCAUGGUGAUGGUGCCAGUUGUAGGGGACCAGCCAGACAACGCGCAGAGGAUGGCGAGAAAUGGAGUAGGAGUCGUGCUGGAUAUUACUUCGAUGACAACAGAGAACCUUCUUCAGGGACUGAAGGAUGUCAUCAGUGACACCAGGUAUAAAGAGAAUAUGCAGAAGCUGUCAGCUCUCCAUAAAGACCGACCAGUUGACCCCCUCGACCUUUCAGUGUACUGGACAGAAUUUGUGAUGCGGCACAAAGGGGCAAAACAUCUCAGGUCUGCUGUCCAUGACCUCAACUGGAUCCAGUACUUCUGCCUGGAUGUAAUAGCACUACUGGCUUCUGUAGUGCUGGUUUUUGUAAUACUGAUAGUAAAAUGCUUGAAACUAUGCCUCCGGAAACUGAGCAGGAAGAGGAAGCAGGACUAACCUGGUGCUACAUUUGCACCUUUAUCUCAGCAAUGACACUGUCUGUGAAGGGAGAUUAAAAGCUAAUCAUUGUCAUUAAAAUAUCAGUGCAAAUUAAAGUUGGCUGUAGUUUAAAGGAAUGAGAAGAAUAACGCAAACCAUGGGGUGAUCGGAAAAACAUUUAAUAAACAGAAAAUACAGAAUAUUAUUAGAAUGCAUUAUGGUCUGGGCUUGAGGGACAGUGAUGAGCAUUAGUGGCCCCCUUUCUUUGGAGGGAACAGGGCGUACUCUACAGCCAGAGCAACAGUAAAGGCAGCAAAGCCCCACUUGAAUCCCUUCAGUAGCACAUCAGACAGAGUCACAGCGCGAGCGAAGCCACCUGAGUAUCUCCAAGCCUCGUUACUGCAGAGGGAGAGUGAC